AUGGAUACUGAAGAGAGGCCUAGCAAGCUCAGGAAGCUCGAGACCCACGUACAAGACACACCAAACUCACAACCAUCUGCCGCUCUCUUGCCACGUUCAACGGAACAUGCGCCCUCAGACCCAGAGAAUAGUAAGCCACAGAAGCAUGCUGCUGACGACGCAGAUGCAAACGGUUCAGACUCGUGCACUAAUUCAGAUGUCGAACUCUCAAUAAAAGAACAGGCAAAAGACCAAGAUCCGCUCACCAAGGACGGCGAAGAUGGUGCCAAACCCAUGUCCAAAAACCAGCUCAAAAAGCAGCGCAAGAGAGACCAGUGGGAAGCAGGACGGGAUUACCGGAAAGCCAAGCGGAAACAGAAGAUACAGGAACGUAGACAACGGAAACGAGAUGCGAGGGAGGAGGAGCGAGUCCAGCAAGAGAAUGGCGGCGCCUCAGCCACAACAGCCCUUACCACCAAGCAACCGCUUCCUCGUCGACGCCCGGUCCUUCUUCCAAUCACGAUCAUGAUAGACUGUGGCUUUGACGACCUGAUGAUGGAGAAGGAGCGAAUCUCCCUGGGUUCACAGCUCACACGUUCGUACUCGGACAAUUGGCGUGCGCCCUUCCAGACCCAUCUGGUGAUCAGCUCAUGGGGCGGGUUGCUGGAAGAGCGAUUCAAUACGGUGCUCAGAAAGUACCACUUGAAUUGGAAGGGUGUGACGUUUGAAAAAGAAGGUUUCGUCGACGCGGCGCAGAAAGCUCACGAAUUCAUGCGGGGACCCAAGGGAGGCAAGUUGUUGGGCAUCUUCAAACCCGCCGAAGCCGAACCUGAGGGGACGAACGGUAGCGAAGCACGUCAACCCUCGACUGAUAAAGUACAGCCUCAUCCUUCCACUACUCCAGGCGCCACUGACCCUUCCUCUACGACAAGUACCACAUCCGGGAACCUUGAUUCCGCACAACUCCAAGCACCACCCCCAACUCCUCCUGAGCAAUCGCCCACAUCUACGGCACCUUCACCAGACUCAGGCGAGAUCAUCUAUCUAAGCUCCGACUCCCCCGACACGCUAAGCACCCUGCGGCCCUACUCGACCUACAUCGUCGGCGGUCUAGUGGACAAGAACCGGCAUAAGGGGAUCUGCUAUCGCACAGCGUGCGAGCGCGGCAUCAAGACUGCGAAGCUGCCGAUCGGCGAGUACUUGGAGAUGCAAUCGCGGAAGGUAUUGACGACGAACCAUGUCGUCGAAAUUAUGAUCCGAUACCUCGAGUGCGGGGAUUGGGGAGAAGCAUUCCUGAAAGUCAUUCCUAAGCGGAAGGGUGGGAAGCUGAGAGGCCAUGGGGAUGGUAAGGAUGCAGGUGAUGGACAUGAUGACGGUGAAGAUGUCGAUGACGACGAGGAUGAUGAAUAUGGGGCCCUUGCAGAUGACGAUGCCGGGCAUGCAAUGAGUGAGCAUAUCGAAGGCGUCUCGUCAAGCGCAAACGCAGAGGUUUCGGUUAUGGACGAAAAGUAG